ACGGUGCUUUUGGUUCGGAACCAAAGGGAAUACAUCGCCCAUUUCAACGUCUUUCAAGUCUAUAACAUCUCAAGAUUACUCAGUUUUAAUCAAUAUUACUAUCGAUGUCACCGUCAAUCGAGCUUUCGCCCGAGCAGCGGCACAUGUAUGCCUCGGAGAGGCUCAUCAAUUUUCGCUGGAUUUCGAAAAUAUUAGCUACCCGCUCACCUCGUAUUCUCAACGACGAUGACCUGACAUCUCCGGACUUGCAUCUAGAGCUUGCAACCCUGGGCCAAUUCUCAGAGCUCGUCUACUGCCCGUUUCCGCUCGAAUUCGCCUUCAACAACCUUGCUUUACUGUUGUCACCUGGUUUUCCCUUGGAAGGAUAUGAUGCACUCAAUACAUCUGAUUUUGUGCGCUCGUUCCACGGCUCAGUCGCAAAUCUGUCAGGGUUCAUUGUUCGUCGACAAAAAACUGAACAGUUGGUGGUUGCGAUCAGCGGCACGUCCUCUAUAUGGCAGGCGGCAUAUACAAUACGAGCACAUCAAGUUGCUCACAGUGUUGGGAGCGGCUGCAAAGUACAUUCUGGAUUCUGGAGCCUGUAUCUAGGUAUUCGGUCGCAGGUUUUCGAUGCCAUCAGGGAGAGCUUGGAGGGACAUAUCAUUGGAGAACUGGUUAUUACAGGUCACAGUAUGGGUGGUGCAAUGUCUUAUCUUCUUGCUUUCGACAUCCUGAAUAGUGACGAAAUUCAAAUCACACGUGGACUGAAGCUGAAGAUUGUAACCUUUGGUGCUCCCAGGUGUGGGAACGAAGCGCUCGUCCAAUGCUGGCGUAGUCUAGUAGAUGGAUGUCGCACCGAAUAUGGUCGAGGUUCUGUUCAGGAAUACUGUGUCAAGGGAUAUAAUGAUGGAGUUCCUUCACUCCCACCACUGAAGUUGGGUUACAGACAUUUCUCACAAAAUCCGUUAUACUAUGUGCACGGACGUUUAUAUCAUAUACCCGAAUCGGAAUCUGAGUGUGCCCUCUUCGACUCUCAUUCUGAAAUAAAGGAUAUACCUACUCACCCAAGAGGAGGUCACAACUACUACAAUGGCCGAGAUAUGGAAAAAGCCGCGCGCCGUAUGUGGUGGUUAAAGGAGGUACACAAAGAGGAAGGAUGGGAACAGCUGUACAGGAAACGGAUGGAGCAAGAGCAGAAGCGGAAAAUAUGAUUAAGUUGACCUCCCAACAUCUUCUACUAUCUUUACUGCCAAUUAUACUAAUUAUAUAUCUCAUAUCGCCAUCCAUAGUGCAACAGGAUCAGAUUACUUAUUUAAUAUUCAAAGACUGCUAACGUG